UGCAGGCCCUGGCUGGAUAUGUUGAUCCAGGCACUAGCCAAAUGGCCAGAUUUCCAAAUGGACCACUCCCCUGCAGAUCUCCUGCCCAGAAAGAUCCAAGACCUAUGGCUCCUAUUGCUAUGGAAUAUUCCAACAACCAAAGACCUGGAACUCUGCAGAGGUGCUUGGGUGUGGUUACAGCAAACCCUGUACCAGCUGAACUGUCAGAGCCUGCCCUCAGGUCAUCUCUUGUCCUUGAUGAAUGAGUCAGAAGCUGCUUUUGUGGCUGCCCUGGCCACUCAGAGUUUAGGAGAGAAUCGGAGUCACCUCUGGAUUGGCCUUCACGACCCCUCCCAGAACAUCUGCUGGCGCUGGAGUGACAAUGCCACACUGACUUUAGUUACCUGGGAGAAAGGAGCCCCCACUAAAACCACCCUCAAGUUCUGUGUGAGUCUGUCUCCACGCUCAGGGUUUCUACAAUGGAAGAAUCAACACUGUAAUGAGGAGCUCCCCUUUAUCUGCAAGUUCUCAGCCUAGAGUGGGGGCUGGAGGGAGGAGGGAGCUGAUCAUGAAGUCACAGAGGAGCUAGGAGUGGACUCAGAGGACCAGGGGG